GGUGGCGGAUCUACUUGCGAUGCACAUUCAAAACGGCCACCCGUUGGAUUCCGCUGAGGUCGCCGAUCUCUUCCUCUCGCUGGCCAGGUGUGGAGCUAGGAGUAGGAUUCGGGAGGAUAUGAUAGAGAUUACUUUUAGGGGGGCAAAUGUGAGCCAAAAAGCAACAUUUGGCUUACUGGUUGGUUUGUCUCUCUUUGAAACUGAGAGGUAUUGAUUAUGCAGUUGCAAACAAUGAGAUUCCUUCAAGAGCUCGAGAUUUACCUUUCCUGUUAAAGCAGGUACUUAGACGUAUGAAUGAUUCCUCUCUCCAAGCGGUUGCAAUGGUGCUUAUGAUUUCUGUCAAGAAUGCUUGCAAAAUUGGAUGGUUUCUUGAUCAUGAUGCUACUGAUCUUCUAACAUUGGCGAAGGAGAUAGGGAAAAUCUUCUCUACUAUGGAGGAUAUCAAUGCUGAACCACACUACCCUCUUCCCAAUGUUCCAAAGAUCAUGUCGAGAUACUAUCCACGAUUAAGGAUGGGCCAUGUCCUUGCUUCUCUUGAGGUCAAGCCUGGAUAUGGGGCUUUUGUGAUUGACUUCCAUAUCACAAGGAGUAUGGUGUCUCCUGCGCAAAAACACAUAUGCUUAUUUGUUGCUCAAACUGAUAAUAUGGACACAUCAUCUUGUAUUGUGACUCCACCUCAAGUCAACUUUCUGUUAAACGGAAAGGGAGUCUGGGGAAGGAUUAAUGUUUCCAUGGAUAAUGGACCACAGCUGCCAACUAAUGUGAUUGCAAUGCUCAGAUAUGGAAUAAAUCUUCUGCAAGUUGUUGGACAGUUUAAUGGUAAUUAUGUAAUUAUCAUAGCUUUCAUGAGUGUGAUAUCAACUUCUGGCAUUCCGGAAUUACAAGAGUAUAUUCAGCCUGUUGCUGUUACAUCAGAUUCUGACUUAGAGAUCAUUGAAGGACAAGCACGAAUCUCUUUAAAUUGCCCUAUAAGCUUCAGACGAAUCAAUAUUCCUGUGAAGGGACAUCUUUGCAAGCAUCAUCAGUGCUUUGAUUAUGGAAACUUCAUCGAAAUAAACUCAAGAAGGCCAUCCUGGCGGUGCCCUCAUUGUAAUCAGUCUGUCUGCAACCCAGACAUACGAAUUGAUCAGAAUAUGGUCAAGAUUCUAAGAGAGGUGGGAGAGAAUGUUGUUGAUGUGAUUAUCUCACCAGAUGGAUCUUGGAAGCCUGUUGUGGAAAGCAUUGACCAUGCUGAGCAGCUGUAUGAUGCCACCCAAAGCAAUUGGCAAGAAAAUACCAAGCAGUGUGAGUCUGUUAGGUUCUCUAGUAUCGCAGCCGAUGCUGUGGAUCUUACCAUGGGAGAGGAUAAUGAUGAUGAUUCCCCAAGUAAUUUCCGAACUGAAGACAUGAAACCUCUCUGGGAUGAUCUUCAAGGAUUUUCUGCUGCAGAAAAAAUUGUGUCACCAGGAGUCAAUAGUACAGUUGAGGCAGAUCAAAUUAUUUCUGCACAUAGAGAGGACAAUCUCCGGACAGGAGUGUUGUUGACCCCUUCUUCUGUCUCAGAUGGCUUGGCACCCCCCACUACAAGUUUGAAUGCUCAUAGCAACGUUGGCUUUCCCAGAAGCACCUUCAGUUUUAUGUCUUCUCCUGUUUUAACUGACGCUGUUUCUCCUUCUCCUUAUCGGGAAACUUUGGAUGUUCACAGGGAAACACAAGUGCCAAUCCCCUUGCUGCAAAACCAACAUUUUGAUCCUAGUAACUUGCAGUUACAGCAAUCUAGAUUGGGAAGUUUGAUUGCAAGCAAUGAAUAUGGGAGAUUGGCGUCAAUACCAAGACAUCUAACAAGAAAUCCGAUUGCUGUUCAGGCCCUUCCUGCCCAGGAUCAGUUACCGAGGUUGGCCCAGCAUACAAGAUUGAUGCCCACUGGAGCCACUUCCACUGGUUCUCAAACUACCUCUUUCAUGACACCCAGUGUGGAAGGGUUUGAUGCGGUUAAUGGAGUCACAGAAAGAGAUCUUCAGUUUUCAAGGUCAUUAAUGAGUUCAUUUCCGGGUCAAUCAGUCCAACGUGUGGGUGGCCUUCCGAACCUGAGAACAACUCAAGCCAUGAAUGAGCCACGGAACAUUGUCCACCCAUCGAUUCAUGUCCAAUCCGUGCAACGUCAGCAAAGAAGUGGUGGCAGUCAGGUCACGGGUUCAGUACCUAACAGGCAAUCUCCACAUGCAGCGGCAGCUCAGCAGACAGUCCAGGUGUCAAGAUCACCACCAUCAGUGCCUGUUCAACUCCGACCUGCCAGAACAGGCACAGCAUUUUCUGUAGGCAUGGUUGCUGAGCAGCUUAGAACAGCCGGCGAGCAGAGGCGGAAUAUAUUGGGGACAGCAUGGUCGACCCCUAGGCCUGAUGCCUCAGCUGCAUUACCAACAGAUGAGAACUGGCGGCCCUCUGGGCGGAUGAGAGGAAGCCUCACAGGCGAGGCUUACUCUGCUGCACUUAGCCAAUUCAUGCUCCAACCAACUCAACCGACUCAAGCACCCCUACCGCCAACCAGUCUGCCAUCAAAUCUUCCGGGUGGAUUGCCAGCAUUCAGGCUUUUUCCCAGUAGUAGCAAUGAACAUAAUGCCGCCCCCUCACAGACAGAGCCUCAACCCAGGAUGCGACCCCAAGGGGGUGGAAGCUCAGGGACUUUACCCGAAUGGACUCCUAGGAUGCCCUGAUCGACUAGGUGAAGGGCUGUGUUUUUUGUUUUGCCAGCAGCGUUUGUCGGAUCUGCAUGGCUAAGUUUUUGUAUGCAUAUAAUUAUUGUGGUUAUUUGAAAUGGUUAGAGGCCCCUUUGUAUGUUGAUAAUGUAGAUACACAAUUUUGGAUGGCUGUUUUCGUUGUA